GAAAAAAAAGGUUAUAUGAAACAAAUACUUGUUAGCUUCUUGAUCAAGUUACUACAUUAUCUAAUUUUAUUGAGCAAUUCAGUUCUCUGCAGUGUCUUUGGACUGUUGUUUCAUAUCAUUGGCGCAUGGUGGUUGCACAAAGUCAUAAAGAAAAGGAAAGACAUUAUGCGAAAGCAAAAGUUUUUUAGACUGAAUGGUGGUUUGUUGUUGGAGCAACAGUUAUCUUCUGGCGAAGUCAAUGUUGAGAAGAUUAAGCUGUUCAAUGCAAAGGAGUUAGAGAUAGCCACAGACCGGUUUAAUGUACACAGAAUUCUUGGUGAAGGAGGCCAAGGUACUGUUUAUAAAGGAAUGUUGACAGAUGGAAGAGAUGUUGCUGUCAAGAAGUCAAAAGUAGUAGAUGGAGGAGAAGUGAGUCAAUUCAUUAAUGAGAUUGUCAUUCUUUCACAAAUUAACCACAGGAAUGUGGUUAAACUCUUGGGAUGCUGUUUAGAGAGCGAAGUUCCCCUAUUGGUCUAUGAAUUUUUACCCAACGGAACCCUUUCUCAAUACAUUCAGAGCCGUGAUGAGGAUUUUCCUCUAACUUGGGAAAUGCGAUUACGAGUUGGUACCGAAGUUGCUGGAGCCCUUUCCUACUUACAUUCAUCUGUUUCAAUGCCCAUUUACCAUCGAGACAUUAAGUCUUCAAACAUACUCUUGGAUGAUAAAUAUAGAGCAAAAGUUGCAGACUUUGGGACAUCAAGAACUGUUUCCAUUGACAAAACACAUCUUACCAUGACACAUGUAAACGGAACAUUUGGUUAUUUGGACCCUGAGUACUUCCAGUCUAGCCAAUUUACAGACAAGAGCGACGUUUACAGCUUCGGAGUAGUCCUUGCCGAACUCUUGACUGGACAAAAACCAGUUUCUGUAACAAGAUCGCAGGAAGGGAAACAAGAUGGGAGAAGCCUAGCAACACAUUUUAUUGUGUCCAUGGAGGAGAGUUGUUUGUUUGAUAUUCUUGAUGCUGAAGUUAUGAAGGGAGGUAAGAAAGAAGAGAUAGUGGCGGUUGCUAAUCUUGCAAAACGUUGCUUGAAUAUGAAAGGAAAGAAGCGUCCAGCUAUGAAAGAAAUAGCAGUUAAGUUGGAGGAAAUUCUAAUGUCAAGUAAAUCUUCUGAUGUCGAACACAUUGCAAAGGUUGAACAUGUCCAGACGGAAAUAGCCGAGGUUUGGGAUGUUUCUACAUCAACAGGCUCUCAUAUGGACACCGGUUCUUCAUUAGAUGGACAACCACUGCUGUCUUUCAAGUCUCGCUGAAAAUUGUUUGUGAAAUUCCGUUGUCUGCUUUUGGAACAAUUAGUAUUUUUGUAAAAUUGUUUGUGAUAUUCCGUUGUCUGUUUUUGGAACAAUUAGUGUUUCUGUAAACUAUCACCUUAUAUGUGUGUAAAUUGUGAUGCAGUUCACUGCA